AUGGAACCCAAACAUACGACGACAGCGAAGCGUUAUCUUAUCAAGAAUUCGGCUUCGAUAUCGACUAAUGCCGAGCUCAUCAAAAGGGGUCUGUCCAAGUGUUUUUUCCAAAAAACAUGCAUCGAAUGUUUGGAUGCGGACCAUUCAUGUGCGUGGUGCACGGAUGAGACCUACGGCAUGUACAAGUCUCGCUGCAUGACGGUACCGGAGCUGCGGGCAGCCAAUUGCAGCCAAAACCGGAUCGAAACCAAUGAAAAUUUUAGCCAGCUGACGGUGGUGGAAAGUGGUCCCCUUCGAGACUACGAUCGCGACAAGCUAGAGGCGACCCAAAUUAGUCCCCAACGGGUGAAGAUAAGGCUUGGAAAGUUGGAACCACAUUCGUUCAAGUUCACCUACAAACCGGCGAAAAACUAUCCACUAGAUUUGUACUACCUGAUGGACCUAACGUGGUCGAUGAAGGACGAUCGAGACACGCUGAUCAACAUGGGUGAUCAGCUGGCCAAGGCACUGGCCAAUCUCACGGAGAACUAUCGGCUCGGAUUCGGUAGUUUUAUCGACAAACCGAUAAUGCCCUUCAUUCAGACGGAGGCACACCGGCUGGAGAAUCCCUGCAGUUCUGAGAAGGAGGUUUGUGAGCCCACCUAUGGUUUCCGUCAUCGGUUGCAAAUAACGAAAAAUAUAGAUAGUUUCAUCGAGAAGCUAAGGGCGAGUAAUGUUUCCGCCAACCUGGACAAUCUGGAGGGAGGCUUGGACGCGUUGAUGCAGGUGUUGGUUUGCGAUGAGCAAAUCGGAUGGGGUAACAAUACCCGGAAGAUAGUCAUCCUAGCGACUAAUGGUUUUAUGCACAUGGCCGGUGAUGGAUUGUUGGCUGGAAUCAGUGAAAGAAACGAUAAACAAUGUCACCUUUCAGAGGAGGGGGAAUACACCGCUAGUUUGCUUUACGACUAUCCGUCGUUGGAGGAAAUUUAUAGAGUUCUGGGCAAAUCCAAGACUGCGGUAAUAUUUGCGGUUGCUGACGAUCUGCAGGAUUAUUAUAGUUCGAUGAGAGAGCUAAUGGUGGAGUUUGCCAGUGUAGGUUUAUUGCAGGACGACUCGUCGAACAUCCUUCAGCUGGUCGAUACCGGGUAUCGGGAUUUUUUGAAACGGGUGGAGUUCACGGACAAUGCUCCCAGUUAUAUUCAGAUCUCGUUCUCAACGGAUUGUGGAGGAGUCUACCAGAAGCCACAACCUAUAAAUAAAUGUGACAACAUAGAAAUAGGGAAGGAGUAUGAGUUUCACGUGGAAGUUCGAUUGCUGGAGUACCCAACGAAUCCGGUUACUAAUCUAACUGUAAAAAUAGAAGAAACUUUGAUCAGCAAUGAAGGCGUCUUGUUGGACAUAGAAAUUAGACAGCAUUGCCAGUGUGAGUUGAACAACGAACCUGUAAGUGGAAGUGAUUUUUGCAGGGGAAAUGGUGAUUAUCGGUGUGGGAUGUGUCACUGCGAUUCGGGUUGGAUUGGCAAAACAUGUGAGUGCAACUUGUUGAGCUUCGAUACGAGCGCGGAUUUGCUGAACCAAUGUCGAGUAGAGGGUGAGUUUGAUGAUUUGGGACCAGUCUGUUCGGACAGAGGCGAAUGCAUCUGCGGGCAGUGUCUCUGCAAUCCUGGAUUUGAAGGAAUGUACUGCGAGUGUUCAGAAUGUACUCCGAUUUCAGAUGCAAUAUGCAGUAAUCACGGUGACUGUGAUUGUGGCGCUUGUAAGUGCCACGAAGGCUGGUCAGGCGAGGAGUGCGAUUGCUCUACGGAUCAAGAAUCCUGCAAAGCACCUCACAAAAAGGAUGUUUGCUCCGGCCAAGGAGAAUGUCGUUGCGGUCAGUGUAAUUGUGAUGAGUUGUACUUUGGAACGUAUUGUGAGGUUGCAGCAGGUUCGGAGUCAGAACUUUGCUCGUACUAUGACGAUUGUGUUCGUUGUGCAAUACACAAACAUUUGGGUGAAAAGUGCGAUAAUAUAGAAGCUGAUUGCAAGAAAAAGUUGGGAUUAUACAGCACGGAAUUUUUUGAAACAUUGGACGAUACUUUGAAUUGCACGGCCCGGAUAACUCACGACAACAUUACGUGUGACUUCAAAUAUACGUACCAAUUCGAUAAUCAACAUACGUCGCUGAAAAUUCUCAACCAAAGCUGCAAACCUUUGAAUAUUGCGGCAGUUUCAAUAUACAUAAUCAUCGCAACUUUUCUCAUAGGAGUUGCCAUAGUGUGUGCUGUCAAAUUCAAAUUUUUGUUGGAAGACCGUCGUUUGUAUAAAAAGUUCGAAGAAGAACAGCAACAAAAGACCGAGUAUCAGAUGGAAAGCCCUCUGUACAAAUCUCCGAUCUCGAGUUUCACAGUACCCGAAGAAAUGGCUGACAGCGAGCGGAGAUAA